AUGCAGACCGAUCGGGAACCAAAGAAGGAGGAGAAGAAAAAGAUGAAGAAAGAAUCAAUGUCCCUGAUGGGUUUGUUUAGCGCAGCAGAUAAAGUUGAUUACAUUUUGAUGUUCCUAGGUACUUUUGGGACGUGUGUUCAUGGUGGUACGCUACCACUCUUCUUCGUGUUCUUUGGGGAGAUGCUAGAUUCUCUUGGCAAUCUUUCUACAGAUUCUACAGCCAUAUCCUCCCGCGUUUCACAGAAUGCUCUCUACUUGGUCUACUUAGGGUUGGUCAACUUGGUAUCGGCCUGGAUGGGUAGGUUUCUAGCUAUAUUAUCGAGUUUCAGUUUUUUUCUUCUCAUGUUUAUAUUUGGAGUGCUUGUAUUGACAGGAGUCGCUUGUUGGAUGCAAACAGGGGAAAGACAAACAUCACGGAUGCGUAUAAAUUAUCUCAAAUCAAUUUUAGCAAAAGACAUAACUUAUUUCGAUACAGAAGCUAGAGAUUCAAAUUUCAUUUUCCACAUCUCAAGUGACACCAUCUUGGUUCAAGAUGCCAUUGGCGACAAGGCAGGCCAUGUUUUGCGUUACCUAUGUCAAUUCAUCGCCGGAUUUGUGAUCGGUUUUUUGUCGGUAUGGCAACUUACAUUGCUCACAUUAGCAGUGGUUCCACUGAUAGCAAUUGCAGGAGGAGGGUAUGCCAUAACAAUGUCAACAAUCUCAAAGAAGAGUGAAGCUGCUUAUGCUGAUGCUGGAAAAGUUGCAGAAGAGGUUUUGUCACAGGUAAGAACUGUGUAUGCAUAUGUGGGAGAAGAGAAAGCUGUAAGUUCUUACUCAAAAUCUCUCAAGAGAGCUCUAAAACUUGGAAAAAGGAGUGGUCUUGCUAAAGGCUUAGGAGUUGGAUUAACAUAUGGCCUCUUGUUUUGUGCUUGGGCUUUGCUUUUCUGGUAUGCUAGUUUGCUUGUACGCCACGGCAAAACAAACGGUGCAAAAGCCUUUACAACGAUCCUGAAUGUCAUUUACAGCGGAUUCUCCUUAGGUCAAGCCGCACCUAGCUUAUCAGCGAUUGCUAAAGGCCGAGUUGCUGCUGAAAAUAUAAUCAGAAUGAUAGGAAACAACAAUCUUGAAGGUUCUGAAAAAUUAGACGAGGGUACAACUUUGCAAAAUGUAGCUGGAAGGAUUGAGUUUCAUCAAGUGUCUUUCGCUUAUCCUUCCAGACCAAACAUGGUUUUUGAGAAUCUAAGUUUCAGUAUAUGUUCAGGCAAGACAUUUGCAUUUGUCGGUCCAAGUGGUUCAGGGAAAAGCACAAUCAUAUCAAUGGUUCAACGUUUCUAUGAACCCAAUUCCGGGGAGAUUCUCUUGGAUGGGAGUGACAUCAAGAGCUUGAAGCUGAAAUGGUUGAGGGAGCAGAUGGGUUUAGUGAGUCAAGAACCAGCAUUAUUCGCCACGACAAUAGCUUCCAAUAUUCGUAUCGGUAAAGAGGAUGCACAUAUGGAUCAGAUUAUAGAAGCUGCUAAAGCAGCCAACGCAGAUAGUUUCAUUAAAUCAUUACCGAAUGGUUACAAUACUCAGGUUGGAGAAGAAGGAACUCAGCUCUCAGGAGGACAGAAACAGAGGAUUGCCAUUGCUCGAGCAGUUCUAAGGAACCCAAAGAUAUUACUCUUAGAUGAAGCAACAAGCGCACUUGAUGCCGAAUCAGAAAAGAGUGUUCAGCAAGCACUUGACAAUGUCAUGGAGAAAAGAACAACGAUCGUCAUUGCACACAGACUAUCAACCAUCAGAAGUGUUGACACGAUUGUUGUAUUGAGAAAUGGACAAGUUAUUGAAACCGGUAGCCAUGCAGAACUGAUAUCAAGAGGAGGAGAUUACGCGACUCUUGUGAACUGCCAAGAGACAGAUCCUCAAUCAACGAUGUUGGAAUCUGGUAAAUCUCUAGCUAGAUCUUUAAGUUCAAGAAGGGUUGCUAGUUCAAGGAGGACUUCAAGUUUUAGGGAUGAUCAAGAAAAGAACAAUGAAAAAGAUUCAAAUCAAGAAAUUUUAAGCUCAUCUUCUAUGGUAUGGGAACUUAUAAAACUAAAUUCUCCAGAGUGGCCUUAUGCAUUACUUGGCUCAAUUGGUGCAGUUCUUGCUGGAUCACAACCAGCAUUUUUCUCCAUGGGGAUUGCUUACGUUCUCAACGCGUUCUAUUCACCUUUUCCAAGUGUGAUUAAGCGCGAUGUCGAUAAGGUAGCAAUUGUCUUUGUUGGAGUCGGAGUUGUGACACCUCUUAUAUAUCUCCUCCAACAUUACUUCUAUACACUUAUGGGAGAGCGUCUUACUUCUAGGGUUCGCUUAUCCUUAUUCUCAGCGGUUCUUUCGAAUGAGGUUGGUUGGUUCGAUAUGGAAGAGAACAACACUGGUUCACUAACUUCAAUUUUAGCUGCUGAUGCAACUUUGGUGAGGAGUGCUCUAGCGGAUCGGAUCUCGACAAUAGUCCAAAACCUGUCUCUUACAGUCACAGCAUUAGCAGUUGCCUUCUUCUACAGUUGGCGUGUUGCAGCUGUUGUGACUGCUUGUUUCCCUCUUCUCAUUGCUGCUUCGCUUACCGAGCAAUUGUUUCUAAAAGGCUUCGGAGGAGAUUACACAAGGGCUUACUCUAAAGCAACUUCAGUGGCGCGUGAAGCUAUUGCGAAUAUAAGGACAGUCGCUUCGUUUGGUGCUGAAAAGACAAUCUUGGAACAGUUUGCGUGUGAGCUAAGGAAACCCACUAAGAAUGCCUUUCUCAGAGGUCAUAUAUCUGGAUUUGGAUACGGUUUGUCUCAAUGUCUCGCGUUCUGUUCCUAUGCUCUUGGUCUCUGGUACAUCUCAGUUUUGAUCAAGAGGAAGGAGACAAACUUUUCGGAUAGUAUAAAAUCUUUCAUGGUAUUGCUUGUCACGGCUUACUCAGUAGCGGAAACGCUUGCUUUGACACCCGAUAUCGUGAAGGGCACGCAAGCGCUUGGAUCAGUUUUUAGGGUUUUGCAUAGAGAGACUGAGAUACCUCCAGACCAGGCUAACUCAAGAUUGGUCACUCAGAUCAAAGGAGAUAUAGAGUUUAGAAACGUGAGCUUUGCGUAUCCGGCAAGACUUGAUGUCCCCAUUUUUCAAAACCUAAACCUAAGAGUCUCAGCCGGUAAAAGUCUUGCGGUUGUUGGACCAAGCGGUUCGGGGAAGAGCACGGUGAUUGGUCUGAUUAUGAGAUUCUACGAUGCGGACAAGGGAAACCUCUGUAUCGAUGGGAAAGACAUAAAAACCCUAAACCUACGUAGCUUGCGGAAGAAGCUAGCGUUAGUCCAGCAAGAACCAGCUCUGUUUUCAACAACAAUUUACGAGAACAUCAAGUACGGCAACGAGAACGCGUCGGAGGCAGAGAUAAUCGAAGCGGCUAAAGCUGCGAACGCGCACGAGUUCAUAAGCAGGAUGGAAGAAGGGUACAAGACGCACGUGGGUGAAAAGGGAGUGCAGCUAUCAGGUGGUCAGAAACAGAGAGUGGCUAUCGCGAGGGCUGUUCUAAAGGAUCCUUCGGUGCUUCUCCUCGAUGAGGCAACGAGUGCUUUGGACACGACCUCGGAGAAAUUUGUCCAAGAGGCGCUAGACAAGCUUAUGAAGGGAAGAACCACGGUGCUUGUGGCUCAUAGGCUCUCGACCAUAAGAAACGCCGACACGAUCGCUGUCUUGCACAAAGGAAGAGUUGUGGAGAAGGGAAGUCAUAGAGAGCUUGUUUCUAAGUCCGAUGGAUUUUAUAAGAAACUGACGAGUCUUCAAGAAGUGGUGUAACUUAUGAUCGGUGAUUAUUUUUUACUUUUUGUUUUGAUAGCAAUCACUAGCUUACUAAAGUGAAAAUUGAAAACAAGGAAUUACAUGGACAUGCAGAAUCUAGCUUUCUCGUUGAUAUGGCUAAAUUAUCACAUAGGUUAGUUAAACAUUAUAUGGAUAAUGGACGUACGUCUUGGAUUUUUUUAAUAAAUAUAUAAGUAUUUACACGA